CUACAGCAUGCGUUUCAAAUAUCACCCAAUGUAUUAGUUUACAACGAGCACUCGAACGCGGUGGAUGCUUCAACUUGUGCCACAAUGGUGCACCUUUUGCGAUAGAAGGAGAAGUUUGGUGGAUCCUUUUUUUUGUAGUAUUUUGGUUGAAAUUCAAUGCGCCAGGCUAUGGUGGAUGUGCGAGUGAGCAGUGUGUGUUAAAAUGCUUCUGGCGGAAUUCCAAAUGCACUUUGCAAUAAAUAAGAAAAUAUUCAGCAUCAUAUAAGUUUUAGUUUUGCGAAAGAAAAGCGCGCGCGAGUGUUUUCGUCGAUACAAAGUGCCGAAGAUGUGUGAAAGAGGAGGAAAUUAAAUUGAGCGCGAAAAACCCUUCUUGGUGGUGAAAGAGAAUUUAUGGGAAAUUAAUAAGCCAGCUCGAGUGUCACCAAACCCAAUUAAUUAGUCACCAGAUUUAUUCUUUUAUGCAAAAACUCUCUUGUUUGCCACAUCAGGAGGGGGUUUUGGGUUUGAUUUAGUGGUCGCCACCAACUACAACGUGAAGCACUCUUGAACAUGAAAGUGCAUCCACUACAAGAUAUUAAUCUUGCUAAAUUGUGAAAUUAGAUGUGAAAAAGUCACUCUAAAUAUAAAUUCUUCGACCUCAUCCUUUACCCCUCUUCCUUUGCUAAAAGCAUCGUGAUUUCUUCACAUAAAGCAAAUUUCAAAAAUUCUCAUAAGCUCUGUGUGUUUUAAUAUAAAGAAUUUUCUUCAAUAAGUGUGUGCGUGUAUUUUCAUUUCUAUAAAUAAAUCCUGUGAAUUUUGUGAAAAUCAUCCAGCAACUGUGUGUAUGCCCCCGCGGGUGUCCCUCUUGGAAAACAAAGAGAUUUUUUUGUAACUAGUUGAAGAAAAAUAAAAAGAAAAUCCCCAAAUCUCGUGGCCAGAACUGAGAGUGAGUUUUUUUGCCCCGUGCGACACUCCACGCGACGUUUGGCAUAUGAGGAAUGGCAGCAAAAAUAUCUCCACCGUCAGCUGUUGAAGUGAAGAAGGAGACACCAAAUGAUGAGAUUAAGGACUUUGCGGAGACUGCAAUGAAUGAACUUCUGGGGUGGUAUGGCUAUGAGAAUAGUAGCGGAGAUCGGACGAAGGUUAUCAAUUUGCGACACGUACGGAGUCAAAGUUCAACGCCAGAGCACGAUAGUUCCAGGGAGGAUUCCAGGAGUCCAAUGACUGCGUCGGAAAAAGAAGUGAUGGACUGUGGCUGGUGCCGAAGACCAAUGGCCAGCCAUUCACCUGGAUCCCUGGGUACACCAGAAGGCCCCCGUUAUUGCUCUGAGUCGUGCUUCUCUCAGAGUCGCCGUGCGUCAUUUAAGCGCGCCAAAACCUGUGAUUGGUGCCGCCAUGUUCGGCACGCUGUGAGCUAUGUGGAUUUCCAAGAUGGCGCGUCUCAGUUACAAUUUUGCAGUGAUAAAUGCCUCAAUCAGUACAAGAUGCAAAUCUUCUGCAAGGAGACCCAGGCUCACUUGGACAUGAAUCCCCACCUAAAGGAGAAGGGUGCCAGCAGUGGGAGUCUCAUUACGCCGGAAUUGUGGCUGAAGAAUUGCCGAAGUCGCUCGGCGUCACCAACAAGCGAUCGUAGUCACUCCGGGUCACCGAUUAGCGUUGGGACGCCGAGCAUUAGUAGUGUUACAUCGACUGUACGUCCUGUUAUUACCCUUGCACCCCCUUCGAAGCUUCUCAGCAACCCCCUGCACCUUGCUGGUCCCGUACGGGCGCCCAACAAGGGGUUGAAGAAGAAGAGAACAUCGCGUAUACAAAGCAUGACAACCAACAACAACAGCGUUCAGAUGCUCAACAAUAAUGCCACACCGAGCCAGAAACCAUGCACAAUGACAACAAGUGCACAGGAUUUACGUCUGCAUCCAAUGGCACCUGCUAUGCAACCUGCAGGUGCUCCUGCAGAAACACCUCCAGCUCCGCAGCAUCCUCCCAGUGGUUUUCAGCAUCAUCCCUUCAUGCCACCACCACCUAAUCUCUUCCCAAUGCGAUCUCCACGACUCCCGCCACCUUUCCCACCCCACACCCAACAACCCACCGAGAGUAGAAGCUUCCCAUUUGGACCACCCCCACCACCGGUUACAAUCCUCGUUCCCUACCCCAUUGUCCUACCCCUACCAAUCCCCAUACCUAUCCCUAUCCCCCUGAGUCAUUUUGCCAAGCUAAGUCAACCCACCGAGAGCGCAACAGGUGAAGCAGCGAAGAAUGUUGCACCAAAGCCGCAGGAGCAGCAGGAAUGUCCGGAACCGCUGGACUUCACCAAAGCACGAACGGAAGACAAGGAGGCGGAUGUGGAUCCAGAACCACCGGAGGAACUGAAGUUGCCAAAGCUAAAGAUAACGCGAUUGCAGACAAAACGCAAUUUAGCCAAAGAACUCGAGAGCAAUCGACCAUUGCGAAAAAGGAAGCGAGUCAUCGACGCCUCUAGCCACUAGGUAGCCUAGCUAGAUACAUCCUGACCAUUCAAUGGGCACAAAGUGGGAAUUUUUGGAAAUUUGAGAGAUUCUUAAGCAGAAGGAAUGCGUUUUAGUGAGAUGAGAAACUUGAGUAACUUUUUAAGACAAGAUUGGUUUGAUUUAGCAUACAGCAUAUGCUCAAAUGCUUGAAAACAUGAUUUAUCGUUAUUUUCUGUUUACAAAAGACUUUAAAUUUUUGAGAUUGGUGAACAGAACACGUAUUAUUCUUAACUAUUAAAUGAGCAAAAUGCACACAACACGUGAAACAUAUGCUUCAUGCUUUUAUCGAUUUGAUCUAUUAAUGAAAUCUUAUUUAUUUAUUAAAAAAUAAAUUAUAUGGGAAAGAUUUAUGAACUAUCUCCUGAAAAAAAAAUAUUGAAUAGGAAUUUUGACGCAUAUGCUUCGUGAACAAAAAUUAAAGUUGAAUCAUUAAGCGUAAAACAAAUGCUUUAUUGCAUCGAUAUUGUUUUUUUUUAAAUUUUAAAAUACUAAAUGAAAAAAAUUCAAGAGUUCUUAAUUUAGAAAUAAUUAAAUAUAAUUAAAAAAAAAAGAUUUGAUACAUAUGCUUCACGCAGAAAAAAUGCAAUAUAGGAUACGAUGGGGUGUGGUUUAUACAGUUUGAGAUAUCAGACCUACGUGAAAAGAAUAAAA